GAUUUCCUUUGGUUCAAAUGUUUCCUUUUCUCCGACUCACAAUCGCCAGACAAAACACAUCUCUGUUCUUCUUCUUCUUCUUCUUCUUCUUCUUCUCUGUCUGUACGGAUCUGGACUGUAAAUCCACACACACACUGUCUCUGGCACACAAACGCAGUAUUUUCUUCAACAUUCUUCCUCUUUGCUGCUACCACCUGUGAUUGAUUUGGCACCAUGAUGCACUCACAGUUGAUUAGAUUUGGGAAGAUGCUGGUGCGUAGACGUGUGCUGGACACCACCAAUAUGGAUACUCGCUUUGCUCGCUGUCUGUCAACUCUGGACCUCAUUGCUCUGGGUGUUGGAGCCACAUUAGGGGCUGGAGUGUAUAUUCUAGCUGGAGAAGUGGCCCGGGAGAAAGCUGGCCCAGCCAUCGUGAUUUGCUUCCUGAUUGCAGCUCUGUCCUCUGUGCUUGCUGGUCUAUGUUACGCUGAAUUCGGUGCACGCGUCCCAAAAACAGGCUCCGCCUACCUCUACAGCUAUGUGACAGUGGGUGAAAUCUGGGCGUUCAUCACUGGAUGGAACCUCAUUCUAUCCUAUGUAAUAGGCACAGCCAGUGUGGCCCGAGCCUGGAGCUCCACUUUCGACACCCUGGUGUAUAAUAAGAUCUCAGGCUUUUUCAGUGAAUACAUGUCUCUUCCGGACACUGGGAACGUGCUGGCGAAAUAUCCAGAUGUGUUUGCACUUUGUCUUGUCAUUCUGCUUUCUUGCCUCUUGGCAUUUGGCGUGAGUGAGUCAGCCCUGGUGAACAAGAUCUUCACAGGCAUCAACCUGUUGGUGUUGGGUUUUGUCAUCAUUGCUGGCUUUGUGAAGGGUGACAUUGCCAACUGGAACAUCACAGAGGACGACAUCAAAAGCAACAAAAGUCCUGCAGUACCCACUGAAACGGACUUUGGCACAGGGGGUUUUGCACCAUUUGGCAUUUCUGGGAUUUUGUCUGGUGCAGCCACUUGCUUCUAUGCAUUUGUGGGUUUUGACUGCAUUGCCACCACAAGUGAAGAAGCCAAAAACCCCCAGCGUUCGAUUCCAAUAAGCAUAGUUGCUGCACUGCUCAUCUGCUUCGUUGCUUACUUUGGAGUGUCUGCAGCUCUCACUCUGAUGAUGCCUUACUACCUUCUAAACGUUAAGAGCCCAUUGCCCGAAGCCUUUACCUAUGUGAGCUGGUCGCCUGCCCGCUACAUAGUGGCUGUAGGCUCCCUCUGCGCCCUUUCCACCAGCUUGUUGGGCUCUAUGUUCCCCAUGCCCCGUGUAAUCUUUGCCAUGGCUGAGGACGGACUGCUGUUCCGUUUCCUGUCCCGUAUGCACAAGAAAACGAAGACCCCCAUGCUUGCCACCAUUGUGUCUGGCAUCGUAGCAGCUCUGAUGGCCUUCUUGUUUGAUCUGGCUGCCUUGGUGGAUCUGAUGUCCAUUGGGACCUUGCUGGCUUACACACUAGUGGCAGUGUGUGUGCUCAUCCUCCGGUACCAGCCAGGCAGCCUGAAUUCCAGCGCUGAAAAAAAGAAAGUGGAGCUGCUCACACUGACAGAAAUGGAGAAUAUGAAGAAUCUGGAGAAAAAGCUGGUUGAUGAGACGUUCUCUCCCAGACAUCUGCUUCUGCCCAGCUCUGAGUCACCCACCAAGAUCUCAGGCCUCAUCGUCUAUGUCACCACGGCUGUUGUCUGUGUGCUUUUCACUAUACUGUGUUUAGUGUUGGCAGUAUGGUUUAAGAACAUCAUAGAGGGGCAGGCUGUAUGGGUCACUGUAGUAUCUCUGCUUAGCAUCAUCUCCGCCAUCUGCAUUGUCAUCAUCUGGAGACAGCCCCAGAGCACCGAGGCCAUCAGCUUCAAGGUCCCUAUGCUUCCCAUCUUGCCUUUAGUCAGUAUUUUUGUUAACAUUUACCUCAUGAUGCAGAUGGAUGGAGGAACAUGGAUCCGUUUCGCAUUAUGGAUGGUUAUUGGUUUUUUAAUUUACUUUGGGUAUGGACUCAGGAACAGUUCGGAAGCCCAACAGAAUUCGGAGGCUGUUCUGGUUGAAACUGUCGAUGUAUUGUAAAAACAUCAGUAAAAUUGAAGGACGUGCAGCCUAAGGAGGACGAGUAAAACCUAGUGUACAGUUUACAAGGAGUUUAUGAAACCUUUCAUACACGCACAAUCAUUUGAUUUUUUUUUUGUAUAUUUAUUGUAUAAAUCAGCUGUUUCUCAUAUAAUGAACUGUUACGCUACAUUUUACUUUUUCAAGCUAACAGAAAACUCCACCCUGACUAGUGUGUGAGUUGCAUAUCAAUAUUUAUCUUCUUUUCAUGUCGAGGUUCCACUUCAUAAUGGAACCAUCGUUGUGGAAGGAUUAGCUGAUCAGCAGUAUGAUAUUGAACAUUGGCCAGGGUGCGGCAGAGGAGGGGUUUGCUCUUUUUUUGUAUAUUUAUUGUAUAAACCAGGGGAGGAAUUUAUUGUAUAAAUCAGGGGAGGAAACCGGCGUACCCGGAGGAAACCCCACAGCACGGGGAGAAUAUGCAAACUCCGCACACACAGGGCCACGGUGGGAAUCGAACCCCCAACCCUGGAGGUGUGAGGCGAACGUGGGGGGGUGGGCACAGUGAAUUAGUGGUUAUCAUGUUUGCAAUGUAUCUCUGGGGUUGGGGGUUCGAGUCCCAUCCCUGCACUGUGUGUGUAGAGCUUGCAUGUUCUCCCUGUGCUUCUUGGGCUUCCUCUGGGUACUCUGGUUUUUCCUCCCCCAGUCCAAAGACAUGCGUUGUAGGCUUAUUGGCAUUUCCAAAUUGUCCAUAGUGUGUGAAUGGGUUGGCACCCAAUCCACAUUAUUACAUUAUAAAAAUGAAGUCUUUGUAGUGUAUUUGUAGUAUUGAUAUUUUAUUGCCUUUAGUCUCUGAAAUGUUUUUAAUGGUUUGUUGUUGUCUUGUUGUUUUUACUUUUUAUGUUUAUUUGUUUGGCUUGUUUUAUUGUAAGUGACCAUGUGAUUUGUAAUUAAGUAAUUGUUUUGUAAAUAAAUUUUGUUCUGUAAAUUUCCUGUACAUUUUUAAAAAAUAAUAAUAAUAAAAUUCAUAAGUACAAUUUGACACAA